AUGGGUGUCCCAGCGCUCUUCCGAUGGUUGAGCAAGAAGUAUCCAAAGAUUAUCAGCCCAGUGCGUGAGGAGCUUCCAGAAGAGGUUGACAAUGAUGACGGCACGAAGACCAAGAUACCCGUAGACGCUCGCAAGCCAAAUCCCAAUGGCGAGGAGAUGGACAAUCUGUACCUGGAUAUGAACGGCAUUGUGCACCCUUGCUCUCACCCCGAAGACCGUGCGCCACCUGCCAACGAGGAGGAAAUGAUGAUAGCCAUCUUCGAGUACACAGACCGUGUCGUCAAGAUGGCACGCCCGCGCAAGCUACUUAUGAUUGCAGUAGACGGUGUCGCACCACGCGCUAAGAUGAACCAGCAGCGCUCGCGUCGUUUCCGCUCAGCACAAGAAGCUGCGGAGAAAGAUGCGGCUGCAGCAGAGUUCCAUGCUCACAUGGUCGCGAAGGGCGUAUCGUCAGAAGAUGCUGGCGACGAAGCUGAGAAGCCCAAGAAGACAUGGGACUCCAACUCUAUUACCCCCGGCACACCUUUCAUGGACCUGCUUGCGGCAAGUCUGCGAUACUGGGUAAGCUAUAAACUGAGCACAGAUCCCGCAUGGGAAAAGCUCAAGAUCAUCAUUUCCGAUGCCACAGUUCCAGGUGAGGGUGAGCACAAGAUCAUGAAUUUUGUCAGGUCGCAACGCAGCAGUCCGACGCAUGACCCCAACACCAGGCACGUCAUCUAUGGUCUCGAUGCCGAUUUGAUCAUGUUGGGCAUUGCGACCCACGAGCCACACUUCCAUGUCUUGCGCGAGGACGUCUUCGCAAACGACACAAAGCCUGGUCACUGCCGGAAGUGCAACCAGCCUGGACAUAUGGCAGACCAAUGUCGAGGCGCACCCAAGCCGAAGCCUGGUGAGGAAGAAGUCGCCAAACCUCUCAAACCAUUCAUCUGGCUGCAUGUCAGCAUCUUACGCGAGUAUCUUGCAGUCGAAAUGAGCGUACCGAAUCAGCCUUUUCGCUUCGAUCUCGAACGUGCCUUGGACGAUUGGGUAUUCAUGUGCUACUUCGUUGGUAACGAUUUCUUGCCACACUUGCCAUCCCUGGACAUUCGCGAGGAUGGUAUUGAUACUCUUAUUGCGAUCUGGCGUGACAAUAUACCAGUCAUGGGCGGCUACAUUACCAAAGACGGACAUGUUGAUCUGUCGAGGGCACAGAUGAUUCUGGAAGGGCUGGCGAAGCAGGAGAAUGCCAUUUUCAAGCGUCGGCGAGAGACCGAAGUCAAGAAAGAAGCUGCUCAGAAGAGGCGUGAGGACGAGAAGGCUAGACGGCAGAGCAACAAGAGACAACGUUACUCUGACAACGGCGCGUCAUUCGGAGCAUCAGGCUAUGAUGAGACAGUGAUCAGACGUGGACCUCAAGGCGGCAUCAAACGUGGCGAGGCAGCUCCGGACUUCAAUGCCCUACCCACGUUCGCACCUGGCGAAGCGCAGUCGAGGAGUGAUCCUCGUUAUGCUCAGAGCUUGACUCAUGCAGAUGUCGUCGGCAAUGCCAAUCGUGCUAAUAAAUCUGCAGCGGCUGCACUGAAAGAGCAGCUGAUGAGCAGCAAGAACCCUGCCGAUAACCAGAAAGCAGAGCUGGAGGCUUUGUUCGCUGGAACAGUACAAGAAGGCGCUUCACCAGCUGUACUUGGCAAGCGGACUAGAGAUAUGAUUGAUGAAGCCAACGAUGAUGCGAGCUCCGAUCCAUCCACUCCAGGCCGCAACACACCAAACAGAGAGAUCGCCGACCCCAUCACUGACGGUGCUAGUCGCGGCGCUUCCGGUCAGCUUGGCGGCAACUCCAAGCCAGGUGAAGAUGUAAUGCCAGAAGAUACGGUGCGUCUCUGGGACGACGGCUAUGAAGAGCGCUACUACGAACAGAAGUUCCACGUCUCGCCACAUGACGUGGAGUUCAGACACAGGGUGGCCCGAUCAUAUGUCGAGGGUUUGGCGUGGGUGCUUCUCUACUACUUCCAGGGUUGUCCGUCCUGGACCUGGUACUAUCCCUACCACUACGCGCCUUUCGCCGCAGACUUCGUGGACAUGGAAAAACAUCCCCUUGAUUUCGACAAGGGCAAGCCGUUCAGGCCCUACGAGCAGUUGAUGGGUGUUAUGCCCGCUGCUUCGAACCAUACCAUCCCAUCGGUCUUCCACCCUCUCAUGACAGAGGAUGAUAGUCCGAUCAAGGAGUUCUAUCCUGUUGACUUUGAGGUCGAUCUCAAUGGCAAGAAGUUUGCUUGGCAAGGUGUCGCACUGCUUCCUUUCAUUGACGAGAAGAGAUUGCUUGAUGCUAUGGCAGAGAAGUAUCCUAUGCUGACUACCGAUGAGCAACGACGCAACGCUUUCGGUACCGAGGCGCUGAUCUUUAGCACACGACAUCCGCUUUACGACGAGGUGGCCACGAACUUCUACAGUAAGAAGGCCGGUGGUGAGAAGUUCAAACUCAAUACUCGUGUCUCGGAGGGCCUGGCAGGCAGGAUCGAGAAGGAGGAGAAGUAUGUGCCUAACAGUGCUCUCCACUUCCCACUACCGAGUACGCAAGAGACGUACACGAGUCUGGAUCAGGACGAAAGCGCAACGGUGUCGUUCUUCAUGCCAAGCGUGGGUGGUGUCCACAAGAGUAUGCUACUACCUGGUAUUCAGUUCGCGGAGCCUGUGCUCGAUUAUCAGGACGUGCAGACUACGCGCGAGAAGGCUAGUAGAAGUGGCCGACAGUUCGGAGGUGUGCAGCUCAGCAAUAACGGAGACCGAUCAGACGGUCGACGCAUCAACUACGCUGCGAGAGAUAAUGGCGGUCACAACGGUAACGGCAAUGGUGGAUGGCAAGGUAACAACGGUUACAGUGCCAAUGGCGGAUACGGCUCGAAUUCCGGUCCUGGCUAUGGACACCAGCAGCAGCAGCAGCAGGGAGGUUUCGGCAAUCUGCCACCGCAUCUGGCCCAGCAGGCUGCUGCUCAUGGCUUCCCACCGCCACCGGGUGGUAUGCCGCCUAUGCCUAUGCCUGCUCCGCAACAGCAGCGUGGAUAUGAUGGCCGGGCGCCGCAGCAGCAGUAUGGUGGCUAUGGAGGAGGUGGACGAGGCGGGUAUGGAGGUGGGGGUGGUGGUGGGUAUGGUGGGGGUAAUAGAGGAGGAUAUGGUGGCGGAGGAUAUCAGGGUGGGAGGGGAGGCGGCGGAGGUGGGAGGAGGUAUUAG